AUUUACGAUUAUGAGAACAUGACAUGUCUAGAAACUGUACACGUAGGUUGGCGAACGGCUGGUGGUUUGGACGAUAUGGCAAUUGCACCUAGUUUUAACCAACUUGUUGGAGCCAGUAUCUCUAACUCCCUUGUGAGCACUUAUGUGGUGGACAUCAAAUCAUGCGUCCCUUUCACGGAAAACGACCAGACUGGCAACGAUUUGCCGACGGACAAACCAGUGUCCGAUUCUCAUUCAGAUCCAGUUCAGGUAACUCCCACCGAUGACCCGGCACACCGAGUAAACCAGCAGUCUAACGGCGAACGUCCAUACACGCGUUGUGGUUCAUCCAACACGGCACAGAACGCACGGAACCGGAAAAGUUUUUGCCUCAGCGCGGAUGACAAUCGACGAAAUAUUCUGCAGGAAGAUCCCACUGAUCCCGAUUCUCAGGUGCCGUAUAAACCUACCGCCGAGGAUCAGAAUGAAAUGAACACCGUGGCCGAUAUCACAGAUCCUGAAGAAUAUGACCGGGUGUUCAAACCCCACCGAACUGUUCCGCGCAGUCCCACGCGUCUUAAUGCGGCAACCAAUGCUACCUCCUCUCCAGUUGCUCCUCCUACAACCAACGCGCGCCGUCCCAGCCCUCCCACCGCCCAGUCCCAACCUCAGCCACCAGCACCACUCUCCGCUCGCCCUACACAACCUUCGGUUGAACGGGUUCGUACUGUCGCACAACCUGCAGUCAGUUUAAAUGAACAACGUGUACCGGAUGAGGUCCCAUUCUCGCCACCUUCGGAGCAGGAACAUUCCAGACGAUCUGCUCCGACUCCUGUGAAUAAAUCAAAGCGACCUCCCUCAGAAUCUGAUCGGCCGGGCAUCUCCGAAACGGAACAAUUGAUUGCCAAAUUCGCUCCGAGUACAGAUAAUUCCCGACUUCAGUCCGCUGUGUCCGCAGCUCGUGGUGCUCCCGUCACAACUGAGCCAACCGAGUUCGAAUGGCUCAUGCGAGCUCGCCGACCGCAUGGUCCAUUUAUGUCCGUUAUGUCUGCACGGUUGAAAGCUCUGUCCACAGUUCGCGUCAUGUGGACCAGGGACAACACACGAACCGCCGUGGAGACUGCGCUCACCCUGAACGAACCGGCUGUUCUAAUCGAUUUGCUCAGUGUACUUGCCCAGAACGAAAAACUGUGGAAUUUGGACCUGUGUCAUGCACUUCUUCCACAUUUGGCCGAGUCGGUACGGAGCAAGUACACUACGCACGUUGAAACUACGUGUCAAGCGUUGCGAGUCAUCUUGAAAAAUUUCGCCCAAUUGAUACGUCAGACCUUAGAUGGACCACCUCUACCGGGAGUGGAUUUGAUGCGUGAAGAACGACAGCGCAAAUGUCGUGAUUGUCUCGAUCAUUUGCUUGCUAUCCGUUCCGCACUGGAUGCGAAGGAGGUGGCUAGUAAGGCUGGAAGAUACGGACGAGAGCUUCUGGUUCUCUUCGAACUGCUCGUUUAA